GAUAAAACUAAUCCAACUGGUUAUAGAGAGAGAGGAGCUUUCAGUUUCGUUUCUUGUUCCUGAUUUCAGCGAUGGCGGCUGCAGAUCUGAGAGACGAGCUGAGCUGCUCCAUCUGCCUGAGCAUUUAUACUGAUCCGGUAUCCCUGCCCUGUGGCCAUAACUUCUGCCGGGGCUGCAUUGGGGGAACAUGGGACACCCAGGAGGAGACUUUCCGUGAAAAUCCUUCUUGCCCUGAAUGCAGACAGAGAUUUAAAAGGAAACCUGAACUGGCAACAGCUUGGAAGCUGCGUGACCUGGUGGAGCGGUUCUGUCCGACUGAGACAGAGCCGGGGGAGACUGGGAUCUUCUGCACUUACUGUCUCCUCUCUCCUGUACCUGCUGCUAAAUCCUGUCUCCUGUGUGAGGCUUCUCUGUGUGAUACCCACCUGAGGGGGCACUGCCAGUCAGCAGAACAUGUACUCACUGAGCCCACCGCUUCCUUUAUGGGGAGAAAAUGUUCUGUACAUCACAAGGUUCUGGAGUAUCACUGCUGUGAGGACUCUGCCUGUAUCUGUGUGUCCUGCUGCCUGGCCGGGGGGCACCGGGGCCACAGGGUGGAGCUGCUGAGUGAGGCCUCUGAGAAGAAGAAAGAGAAACUGAGGAAAGUUCUGGAGAAACUGAGCCCAGAGAGAGAGGAGACUGAGAGAGGAGCCCAGAGGCUGCAGGAGCGCAGGAGAGAAGUGGCAGAAGCGGCAGCCGGUGAGACAGAGAGAGUCACUGCCCUGUUUAGGGGCAUCAGGGAAGAGCUGGAAGCCCUAGAGAAGCGACUCCUGAGUGACAUCUCCAGGCAGAAAGAGGAGAUCUCACUCACACUCACUGAGCUGAUCCAACAGCUGGAAAUAAAGAAGGACGAGCUGUCCAGGAUGAUCCGUCACAUUGAGGAGCUGUGCAACAUGGCAGAUCCACUCACUGUCCUACAGGAACAAUGGGAAUCCCAUGGAGCUGCCUUUUGUGGGGCUGAGGGGGCAGAUACUGAGGGGCAGGAGGCUACAGAGCUGGUACUGGAUAUAAACACGGCUGGGAAUCGUGUAUCUGUAUCAGGGGACAGGAAAUCUGCUUCCUACUCACAUACAGACCAGCGUCGCCCACAAACCCCAGAGAGAUUUCAGUGGGUGCCUCAGGCUUUAAGCACCAGGAGUUUCCCCUCAGGGCGACAUUACUGGGAAGUGGAGGUCAGUGAAUCAGGGGGCUGGGGGGUAGGGGUGGCCUAUCCCAGUAUAGAGAGGGGAGGGGGUCAGUCUCUCAUUGGGAAUAAUAACAAGUCCUGGUGUUUGUCAAGAUGGUUUAAUAAUAACUAUACAGUGAUACAUGACAGGAAAGACACACAGUUACCCCACGUCCCUUCCUGCAGGAGAAUCAGGAUCUCAUUGGACUAUGAGGCCGGACGCCUGUCCUUUUAUGAGCUGAGUGAGCCAAUCAGGCGCUUACACACCUUCACUGCCUCCUUCACUGAGCCCCUUCAUGCUGCAUUCUGGGUAUGGGGGGAUGAUGAUGCUUAUGAUUAUGAUUAUUAUGAUGAUGCCUGGGUGACAAUCAUUAGUUAGGGCACUGCCCAGGGAAUUUAUCAGAAAAUCUGCCUUCAGCCACUAAUUUCCUCAUUCCAAUAAUUCAAUAAUUCUUCAUUCCAUCCAUCAUUGCCCUCCUCUGUAUCUCUUUGUACCACCCCUUUCCUUCUCAGAGUGAUGUCCCCCCUCUUGCCAGUGCUGGAUUUCUUAUCCUGCAGCAAGCCCCCACCCCUCCGUGAGUGCACUCAUGCACAUUUGAGCGGACAUUUAAAUUCACAUAUGGAGCAGUGCGGAGGGGUCCCCAUUGCUCCCUAUGGGAGUAAUAUUUUGCCGCAGUGGGUCGGCAUGCCACCCCUUAAUUUGUGCCCCCCCAUUCGCUGGCCUUUGUGGCCUCACCACAAAUCCAUGCCUGCCUCUUGCACAUGUGCCAGUAAUUGUUCAGCUUGUGGGGACAUUUGGAAAUGUGCAUGUGUGUGUGUGUAUGGUGUGUUAGCAGGAAUUAAGAUAUUUUUUAAACAUUCCCUGAAUUGGCUCUAUUCUAUUUUAUGCCCCAUGUGGAACCCUAAGAGUAAGACUCCACUCGUUGGAUUGUCAGGAUGGGUAUAAGUGCAGUGCUUGGGAAAACUGUGCCUGCACCCAAAAGCAUUGAUUAACCCCCGGCGCAGCCACCCUCAGCUGAUAUCUGCCAAGUAAUGUAAGACUUGGGAUUAGUGGAUAUCGCCUGAGGGUGCCUGCGCC